GAGGAGAAAGCAGAGAAAGAAGAAAACUCCGGGGGGACGGAACGACUCAAACAACAGAAGAGACAGAAAAGGCAGUUUGUGGUGUUUUCAUGGGAGUUUGUGCUUCUGGUUCUUCUGGCUCGGGCGUGGAGGACCUGGUCCGUGUGUGACGUCAUUAUCUCCCUCGUUCCUGGUGCACGGGGCCGUUAGCCUAGCCUGUUAGCUGUCCGGGACCACUGGUACCGCACCGGGGACACCUGGUUCUGCUACUGGGAACACUGGUUCCCUUACUGGAGCAUUGGUACCGCUACUGGGACCCCUGGUUCCGUUACCGGGACAACCAGGCCGUGUACCGGCCUCACUGGGACCGCGUGGCGGGCUGAGCGGGCUGAGCGGGCUUCUCCGGGUCGUGUACCGGGUACCAGGACCGGGACCAGCAUGUCCAGGGCGGAGCUGCUGCGGCGGCUGGUGCAGCAGCGGCUGACCCAGGCCGCCGAUGAGAUCUGCGACCUGUUCAUCCGAACCCUGGAGGAGGCGGAGCAGGCGCGGAGGGAGAGCGAGGCUGCCCCCCCCACAGACCUCCAGCUGGUGUCAAAGGAAACGCCAGUCCCUCCGAUACAGUGGACGAUCACUUCAGACCACGAGAGCCAGGAUCUCCCACAGCCGGAAAAAAACUUGGAGGUGUGCCCCAGUCAGAACAUGCAUACGAAUAUCAAUAUCAACUUCUCCAACGUCCAGGUAAAGGUCGAGAAGGAAGACCAACCAUGCGAUGUUCAAGAUCACCUGGUGCUGGUAAACGGGGGGGAACCGCAGAGAUGGGGGACACCCGCAGGUCCCCCGGAGCUCCCGGAGGGCGAACAAAUGGAGCAGCAGGGACCUGAGCAGGUCAGCCAGCAGGACAGUUGGCCUGCUUUGAAGCAGGAGCAGCAGGGAUGGGAGCUUUCUGUGAAGUCGGAGCCUCUGGAGCCGCAGUUCAACAGCGCUCUGCAAGAUGACUCCACAAGCUCUAAGAUGGGUGAACAACCAGCAUGGUGGCAGUCCGCACAUCACAAACAAAACUCAGAUGAGGAGGAAGGAGAUGACGGAGACGUCUCUUUACCGACCUCCAACUCCUCUGACUGUAAGACCGAAGACAGUGACGAUGACGAUUGGCACAAAUCAAAGACGGCAAAGAAGAAGAACAGAGGAGCUUCCAAUCAGGAGCCAGCUGGUCCCGGUUCGACUGCUGAACCAGAACCACCUGCUGUUCUGACGACUGAAGACAAGACCGAUGACUCGUCUGACCAAGUAACCGAGGACAGCGACGAAGAGUUCCUGCCGGUCAAACGUUCAGGUUCAAUGAACAAGAAAUCCAAACAGAGUCCUGAAUGUUCUUCAGAACAUGAGCCCGAGAAAAAGAAAAGUAAGAUGCGCACACUCAAAGCUGAUUACGGACCAAUAACCUGUCCACGCUGUAAGAAAACCCUCAUGUACAAAUCCAGCCUGGCGAGGCACCUGGAGAACUGCUGCAAAAAGAGCGGUUCAUCACGGAAAAGAGGAGCUGAUAAGAUGAUGGACCCGUCCGAAUCCCAGGGUGUGAUUUUCCAGUGUUCCUUGUGCAGUAAAAGCUUCCAAAGCAGUGUGUUCCUGGAACUGCAUCUGAGGAUGCACGCAGGAACAUUGAAGCUGAACGCUCCUGGUAGCAGCACAGCAUCGGGCGGAUCAGGUGGAGAUAAGUAAAGUCAUAGGUGGAGCUGCUGUGCCAGAGGAGAUCAGUGGCUGCUUUGUUCCCACCGACCUGAUCCACCAGAACCAAGCUGACAACUGUCGUCUUGUCAGAAGGACGUGUUAAUCCAUCCUUCAGUAGCUCCAGACUUUGAUGAAACAUGAUGUUGAUGUUUAAGAUGGCAUUUAAUUCUUUUUUUUUGUUGUUUUUAGUCUUGGACUGCUUCAAAAACUCAAUCUGUUCAGGAAGUUACGGUUCUACAGACUUCUAUGCUUAAAGUGAGGUCUUAUGGGAUUUCAUGAGUUCUGACGUUGAGCUGAGGUCUUAAACUCUGAGGUCUUAAACUCUGAGGUACCCACCAAACUCUGAGGAAGAGGAACUGGAAGGUGAUGAGGCAUCCGCGCUGGUGAUGAUGGCACACUAACAAGGAAACAUGGAGCCAGGGCACGGGCCUCUUUCCGACUCCGACGUCCUGGAAAGUGGUCAUUAGUGGUCAUUAAGAUUAGCACAAAACGGCAGGUCUGGAUCCAGACCCCGGCGGUCAGGAGAGGAGGACCUGUGAAGGCGGAGAGCAGAGGACAGGGCGUCAGGGUGUCCCCUCCUCCUGCACCAGCAGGUUCAGACGACCCGGGUUUGUCCGCGGGACCUCUGAAGUGAAAGGACGUGUCUGGUCGUCAGAGGGACGGUUAUUGUGACCUGGUGUUUCCUCCACCAGCACAGACUCCAACCUGCUUCCAUUCAUGUGGUUUCAAACACCAACUCAGUAUAUCCUACAAAACACCUGCAGAACCUUCAACCCUAAAUGCUGCAGACACAGGAAGUUUGGACUCAGCUUCUGCAUUUUUAUAGUUUUUUUGUUUUUUAUACAUGUUUGUCUAGAACUUAGUGAUGAACUUGCAGAGAGUCAUACAUGGAGUAGUGUUGUAAAUGGAGGAACUUUUUAUUAUCCAGAGGACGAGUGGCUUUGAUCAGCCGGGGUUCAGGUCUCUCAACUGUGUCCGUUCUCUGACUCAGGGCAAUCCCAGUUGCAGGUUUGUGAUUUUUGGGUUCUUGGCGUCAUCCCCAUGGAACGUUUCAGGGAUUACAGCUCUUCUAAUAAAAAGUUUUAACAC